AUGUCGCGGCGUUCGUGGCGCGUACGCCGCAACGGUUAUCAGCCAGACAGCUGCGCGGCUGAUCCCAUCGCCGCAGAAGUCGCCGAGCUGGAGAGGAUACCCCGUCAAGGGAAGGUGGAACGGUUUCAAGGUGCGUACCAGUUCCUCUCCAACUUCUUCUGGUCCCCGCUGAACUUCGAGGGCCUACGGUACCCCUCCGUGGAGCACGCAUUCCAGGCCGCCAAGUUGCGCGAAAACACGCAGCGCCUGGCUUGGGGCUUCACGGAAUCCAUCAGCUUUGGACAGGCGAAGCGCUUGGGACGCCAGGUUCCUCUGAGGGAGGAUUGGAAGGAGAUUCAGGGAAGAGGUCAUGGCCAGCUGCCUCCCGCGCCAAGUUUGAAGACCCCACGUUGCGCAAGCAGCUGCUCUCGACUGGGAUGA